AAAAAUACUGGUGGGCGGAGACUACUUGUGUGAACAUAGAUUUCUUUACCUGUCUGCUGAACUAGUCUGAUUUAUCGUGAAUGUGUAAAUUGUACAACUGUAACGUUACUGUUUAUUGAAGAGGAUCGUAUGGUGCAAAGGGGGCUAGACGCUUUACGUGCUCAAAGGGUUUUGUUUUCCUCGCACCAUGGAGAAACAGUUGCAAUUGAAUUUGCUAGCCUCCAAACCCCCAAUGGCAGGUUUGCAGUCUGGAUCUAAAAUAAGAAUGGGACCGGGAAGAAAACGAGAUUUUACUCCUCUGCCCUGGAGUCAGUACUUCGAAACCAUGGAGGAUGUGGAGGUGGAAAAUGACAACAGCAAAGACACAUUCAGAAUUUACAGCAGUGGCUCUGAUGGUCCUGUCCUGUUGCUCCUUCAUGGAGGAGGUCACUCUGCACUGUCCUGGGCUGUGUUCACUUCUGUUAUAUGCAGUAGGAUUAACUGCAGGGUUGCAGCUAUGGACCUCAGAGGACAUGGUGAUUCUAAAGUAAAGAACCCUGAUGACCUCUCUGCUGAAACAAUGGCCAAGGAUAUUGGAAAAGUGGUGGAGGCACUUUAUGGUGAAAACCCUCCUCCGAUCAUGAUUAUUGGUCACAGCAUGGGCGGAGCAAUAGCAGUUCACACGGCUGCAUCCAAUCAUGUCCCAUCACUGCUUGGCCUUUGUGUUAUUGAUGUUGUGGAAGGUACAGCAAUGGAUGCCUUGAACAGCAUGCAAAACUUUCUGAGAGGACGACCAAAAACGUUUAAAUCUGUUGAGAACGCAAUCGAAUGGAGUGUGAAAAGCGGUCAGAUCAGAAAUAUUGAGUCUGCACGAGUGUCCAUGGUUGGACAGGUGAAAAAAUGUGAGGAGCCAUUGAGUAGUCCAGGGGUUUCCAAGAGCAUCAGUGAAGGUAUUAUUGAAGAAGAAGAGGAAGACGAAGAAGGAGGAGAAUCCAACCAUAAAAGAAAGAAGGAGGAUGACCAAGAGAUAAAGAAAGAAUGUCUGUACACAUGGCGUGUUGAACUCUCAAAGACAGAGAAGUACUGGGAAGGCUGGUUUAAAGGAUUGUCUUCUCUCUUUCUCAGCUGCUCUGUGCCAAAACUCCUCCUGCUGGCUGGUGUUGACAGGCUUGAUAAAGAUCUUACCAUUGGGCAAAUGCAAGGAAAGUUUCAGAUGCAGGUUCUACCACAAUGUGGCCAUGCUGUUCAUGAAGAUGCCCCGGAAAAAGUAGCUGAUGCUCUAGCCACAUUCAUGGUCCGUAACAAGUUCACUGAAUUCAAAGAGGAUUUCCCCUGACGAUGUGUAACCUCCACUCGUAGUCUUCAUCCAGCGCUGUCAUCCCUCUCUGCUCUCAUUGGGGAUUAAAAUACAACCAAAAUCAUGAUGACUCAUUUACUGCGAACUCAUUCUUAAAUUAUAUUCAGUUUUGUAUGACUUUAUGUAUGUUUGCUGUAGUCAUUAAAGUUCUCAUGGCUACAUUGGCAGGAAAUAAUAAUACAAUAAUACUUUAAUUUAAAAUCGUUAUGUAUAUUUACAUUUUUAUUUGCCCCUUAACUGAUUUCUUUUGCAUUUCCUCUGAUGCCUUGCUUGUUUAUUGUUGUAAUUAGGAUGAUUGCAUCAUACUGUGGUGAAAGUGUUGGUCGGUUGCCGAUUUCAAGGAAAAAAUAAAAAGAGAUUUCCGCA